AUGUUCGGCUCAGCAGAUUUGAGUCCCAGCUCGCGCUCGAGUGCAUCCCAUGGCAUGGGCGCAGAUGGGGCGAAGCACACUACCAGGAUGCUACAGGUCCUGAAGGUGUCAGGCGAAGAUUUGACGACCAUACCUGCGGAAGAGCUGAGCGACGUGCUGAGUUUGAAGCUGUGCUUGCAGCCACUGUGUGGGGUGCCACGGUUCCGGCAACGGCUCCUGCGUGAUUGUGAUAUCCUGGAGGACGAUGCCCUGUUAGAUGCAAGCAUCCCUGUGCAGCUGGUCUUGCUGGCCUUUGUGAGUGCUUCCAACGAGGAGGUCGAUCAAUUGUCAGCGGCCUCGAGAGCUGGUCGAGCCAAGGAGGUGGAGGAAGCACUGCUACGACCCCAAGAUCCCGAUUUGCGUCUUCCGGAUGGUUCAGCAGCGCUCCACAGCGCCGCGAAGGCAGGUCACGAGGACAUUGUGCGCUUACUCUUGGAGGGCGGUGCUGAGAAAGAUAGCCGGAACAACCGUGGCGAAACACCCCUUUUCGUGGCCGCCCGCAAGUUCCGCGUGGACAGUGCACGAGCCUUGCUGGAGGCCAUGGCAAACCCGAAUGCCCGUGACAAUCGUGGGGAGACGCCUCUCUGUGUCGUAGCUCGCAAAGGGCACGUCCAUGGGUUUCCACUUGGACAUGCCAGGAUCGGGCACUUGUUGCUGCAGAUGGGCGCUGAUCCUGAUUCUGCUUGCAGCGUGGGCAGAACGCCGCUCUGGUGGGCAUGCUUGCGGGGCGACAUGGAUAUAGCGGUGAUGCUGUUGCAGGUUGGUGCUCACCAUCAAGUGGCGGACGCUAGUGGCAUAACACCUCUCUGGUUAGCAUCUUGCGUGGGACUCGUCAGACUGGUGCACCUACUGCUGGAAAAAGGUGCUGACCAGACUUGGGCAGACAAGCGCGGACGAACGCCGUUUCAGAUGACGCGUGAGCUUGUGCGCUUGCAUGCCGAGGCAGGUCCGGACACUGACAAGUUUCGCAACGCCUGUGGCGCCCUUUCCCUCUUCCGCGGCAGCACUUUUCAAUCAACCAUGCGAACCCGUGAAAGGAUUAAACUCUGUCUUGAAGCAUUCCACAGAUGCAACAGGCCGCUCAGCGACAUUUGGAUAUCGGAGAUGGGAUACCAAGCAGUGCUGGAUCUCAUGUCAGAAGCUGCAGCAAGCAAUGACAUGUAUUGCGAAGCCAGAGUCAAGCGCUUAAGAACCUGA